AUGGCAACGGCAGGUCUGCAGGCGGAAGGCAAGCGGCAGUUCCAGCAGGGCCACUUCCGCGAGGCGCUGCGCUGCUACGCCGCGGCGCUCCGGGCGCUCGAGGAGGGACCAUGCGACCAAGGGCAAGAAGGGCAAGCUGCAACACUCCGGGCCAAUCGUUCCCUUUGCCUGCUGCGACUUGGAGAUGCGGAGCUGGCCUUGUCCGAGGCCGAGCAAUGCAAGGAGUUGAGGCCGGACUGGCCCAAAGCGCACUUCCGCAUCGCGGCGGCCCUGAAAGCACUGGGCCGCCUGGGGGAAGCUCGCUUGGCCGCCUGUGAGGCUCGCCGGCUGGCGCCUGGGGACCCGGCGAUACAGGAGUUUCAAGCGGAGUUGCGGCGGCUGCUCUUCCCGGGUCCCACACUGGCUUUUGGAGAGGCGCUGGACCUCCUCGAGGACUUCACGAGGCCCCCCACGGAGAUCCGCAGCGCGGCCCAGCAGGUCCGAGACGCACUCCUGGGCGAGAAGAUGGAGGAGGGCAGCGUGGUGGCAACCGCUGCGGCAACCGCUGCGGUGCUCGAGGCCUUCCUUCGCUCGGAGGGGCCCAAGACGAUCUUCCGGCGUCAGAAUGCCAUGGGCGAGAAUUGGCAAGAGGAAGCAAGAAAUGGCACAAUGUCCGUCCUCAGCGAAGUGACCAAAGCAGGUCGAUCGCUGGAGCAAGAGCUUCUACGCCUGAACACGGAGGCGGAGGAGCGGGAAAGGGGGUGCCAAGCGCCGGGCUGCUCAGAGCCUCACCUGAGCGUGGCCGGCAGCAAGGCGGCAGAUUCCAACAGGAACAAGGCCGCCUCCGUGGCUCCACCGCCACAGGCUUUUGUGGAUGAGGAGUCAGACGCCUUCCUUGGCAUCUCAGCCAAGCCUCGGAGACGGCGCCAGCAAGGAGCCAUGCCUGACAAAACCGUGCCACUGCUUUUGAACCUUUGGUCGGACAGGGCUGUCGCUUUGAUGCUCGCUUGCGGCUGGCCCGCUACUUUGUCCGCUGCAGCGGCAGUGGCCCCCGCGUGGGCACAAGCCGUCACCAGGUUCGGGACCACGGGUGCCGAAUGUGCCGACGAGGGCGUCGAGAGGAUCCGUGACCACACUUGGAGGACGUGGCUCCACGCUCUUUGCCCAGGUGCAUUGGAAGUGGCUGGCGCUUUGGAUGGCCCUCUGGCCAGGCAGCUUCUUCAACAGACAGCAAGUCCGCCUACCCCUCGACAGUGGUGCUUUCGUUUGGACUGGUGCUUCCUCGUAGUUCUCUGGAAAGCUGGCAGGCGUCUAUGGACGGGCAGCUUGACAACAGCCCACGCAUCCUCCGAGGAGUGCUGCGGCAGCUCUGACAGCUUAGGGGACUUUCCAACUUACGAGCGCUGCUUGGAGCUUUCUGGGGAGCCGGAGCGAAGCCACCGGCCACUUCUCGAAGCCUUGACCUCAGACGCGUCCGUGUCCACCGUGCCCGCCAUGUCUGCCUCGGCAACGGCCGCACGUGGCACGACGCUGCUGCCGUUGACGACGCUGCUGCAUCCUGGCGCCUUCGAUUCCAAGGAGGCGCUUCCCCACAGCGACAUGGUGCUCAGGGCCGUCCUGGGCUUUUCUGUCGGCCAGAAGGAGACGGGGCCGGACUUGCAGCGACAAGAGCUUCGAGUUGGUCUUGGCUUUGUAGGCGGCUGA